AUGAUUCGGAUGAGGUGCAUCGUUGUUUUCAUCGUUGUAGGGAUAGCGCUAGGCAUAGGCAUAUCGACUUUCUUUUCUUCGUUGGAUCCAGGCAGAGUCCGUGGCAGCGGCACAGACGUUGAUGAAUAUUUGCGUUCUUCCAGGAAAUGGAGUUCAGAGGAGAAUAAAAUAGCAAAUAUAUUUUGGAUUGUACAGAUCUGGAACAAAUUUUGUGAAGAAUACCUCAGUAUUAUUAAACCAGAAGUGGUUCUUAUUUCAGGAGACCUUACAGAUGCCAAGACACCAAGUGGGAUUGGGUCAAGGCAAAUCAGAGAUGAGUGGAUAAUAUAUGAGAAUUCUGUGAAAAAAUGCCAUGCCUACAGUAAUGCAAAAUGGCUUGAUCUCAGAGGCAACCAUGAUUCAUUUGAUGUUUUUGAUUUUGGGAGCAAGAACAAUUAUUACAAAUUGCAUUCAGUUCAUGGGUCAAGUUUGAAGGAGAAAUCAGAUUUUGAGAGUGGGUUUAUCCAUAAACUGGAGAUGCCAUUUGGCACUUACUCCUUCAUUGGGAUUGAUACCUGCAGCAGACCUGGGCCUAACCGACCAUUCAACUUCUUUGGCUACUUAGAUGAUAAACAGAUCCAGCACAUCAAGAGCCUAGAAGCUGCAAGCAAGGGCAGUAAUCACACUGUGUGGUUUGGCCAUUUCCCCACAUCUCUCAUUGUGCACAACCCACCAGUUCUUAGACAAAUUAUGAGCUCUGCUAUUGCUUAUCUGUGUGGUCAUCUUCACACUCUGAACAACCUUGUGCCAAAGAUGUACAGCAGACAUAAAACUGGGCAGUUGGAGCUAGAACUCGGAGAUUGGAAGGACAACAGAAUAUUUCGAGUUAUGGCCUUUGAUCAUGACCUGAUGUCGUUCACCGAUGCAAAAUUAGGUACCUGGCCUAUUGUCAUCAUCACCAACCCCAAAAAUAACCAGUUCUAUUCCCCACAUGAGCCUCUGGAGCUGAUUGCAUCAUCCACACUUAUCAGAAUUCUGAUUUUCAGUCAUGUGAAAAUUAAACAAGUGGAGGUUAAAAUUGACAAGCAGCUAGAGGGAUACGCUUAUCAAGUGGAUCCCAACCACCCUUUGUAUGAGCUUCCCUGGUCUCCUGUACACUUUGCCUCUGGCACUCACACCAUCGAAGUUUUCAUUACGGAUGCACAUAGGAUGAACACAACAGUUUCACAACAUUUCUCAGUUGAUGGAUCAGAGAUGCACUUUGAUUUUGUACCUCGCCUCAUCUUAAUGCUGAAUAUUUACUCUGCGGGAAAACUGAUCUUCAGCCUGCUGGUUUUCUUCUAUGCCCUAGUGCUGACCUCACUGAGACAGUUCACGUACAUUCGUGUCUGCUAUUUACAUGGUCGAGUGUUUGUUACAUCGUUUGUGAAUGCCUGGAUCAUGAAGCUAUGGCUAGCAGCUCGCUCAAACGUCUCCUAUUACAUUCUGAUAGGAUCUGUCCUGUACUUGACAUUCGGACCUUGGUUUGUAGGUUACCUGCUCAGUGAUAAAAUUGGAGUGGUGUUUGUCUGGGGCAUUCUUGUGGAAGGCACAUUUCUGCCUGGAGGAAUCACGUACUUCUAUGGUAUUUUUCAGUUUCUGAUGUUUAACGUGCCAUUGACGCUGAUAUUAGGUCAUCUGCUGGAUACCAGACGUAAACAUGGCCACAAGCUAUCCCUGGGCCACCACUUGUCAAUUUUGAUUCCUGUGGGAUUACUUCAGGUUUUCACCAUCUACCUUGUUCUGACCGAGUUCCCUCGAGCUUAUGGGCAGACUUCGUUGCUCCUGGGUCCUCUCAGAACUGGGAGCACCUUGCUGUUACCUUUGUCUGUGUUAUGUGCAUAUCGUACUGAUCUAAAACAUCUAUUAGCAGUAAAUGGACCAACCUGA